GGCCACUGCCUGCGGGCGCCUGCGCAGAGCGACCCUCUCGUCUCCGGGCGAGAGGCGGGAGCAGCCGGGGAGAAAGGAGAGCUGCUGGGGAGAGGAGCCAAACCCUGAAAUUACCCGGAUGUGGUCCCCGCGCGCGCAUGCUCAGUAUCCUCCCGACAAGUUGGCAGCAACAACACGGCCCUGAUCGUCGUCGCCGCUGCGGUAACGGAGCGGCUCGGGUGGCGGAGCCCGCGUUCCCCGCCUCAGGCUCUGCUCGGGAGGCCCUUCCCGCUCCGGUUUCGGCCCUGCGGCUGUCCGGGGGGCGGGAGAGCGGGUGAGGGGAAGCGGGCGCCCCGCGGGAGAAGCUCUCCCUCCCCCCCCCUCCCGCCGCGGGGCCGCCCGGGAGCUCGUGGCGGCCCGGCCCGCGCGAGCCGCGGCGCCGAGGAGGGGCUGCCGUGCCUGGCCCGGACGGCCGGGGAGGCGGGGCGGGGGCCGAGGAGCGAGCGGACGAGCGGGCGCCCGGGGCUGUUCCCGGGGAGCGACGAGCAGCGGCGGGAGAGCGGCGCCCGUGCCCAGAUUAUCCUGAACACCAGAUGUCUUACAGUUUUCCUUGCAAUAUUAGCUAUUUUUCACUGCCUAUAGAAGAUCAAAAUUGCUCUGGAAAUUGGAGACAUAUUUGACUUAAAAGAAAACACUUGAACAAAUGGACAAUAUGUCUAUUACGAAUACACCAACAAGUAAUGAUGCCUGUUUGAGCAUUGUACAUAGUUUGAUGUGCCAUAGACAAGGUGGAGAAAGUGAAACUUUUGCAAAAAGAGCAAUUGAAAGUUUGGUAAAGAAACUGAAGGAGAAAAAAGAUGAAUUGGAUUCUUUAAUAACUGCUAUAACUACAAAUGGAGCUCAUCCUAGUAAGUGUGUUACCAUACAGAGAACGCUGGAUGGAAGGCUUCAGGUUGCUGGUCGGAAAGGAUUUCCUCAUGUGAUCUAUGCACGUCUGUGGAGGUGGCCUGAUCUUCAUAAAAAUGAACUAAAGCAUGUUAAAUAUUGUCAGUAUGCAUUUGACUUAAAAUGUGAUAGUGUCUGUGUGAAUCCAUAUCACUAUGAACGAGUUGUUUCACCUGGAAUUGAUCUCUCAGGAUUAACGCUGCAGAGCAAUGCCCCACCAAGUAUGUUGGUGAAGGAUGAAUAUGUUCACGACUUUGAGGGGCAGCCUUCGUUACCUACUGAAGGACAUUCAAUUCAAACCAUCCAGCAUCCACCAAGUAACCGUGGGUCAACGGAGACAUACAGUACCCCAGCUCUGUUAGCCCCAUCUGAGUCUAAUGCUACCAGCACCACCAACUUUCCCAACAUUCCUGUGGCUUCUACAAGUCAGCCUGCCAGUAUUCUGGCAGGCAGCCAUAGUGAAGGAUUGUUGCAGAUAGCUUCAGGGCCUCAGCCAGGACAGCAGCAGAAUGGAUUUACUGGUCAGCCAGCUACUUACCAUCAUAACAGCACUACCACCUGGACUGGAAGUAGGACUGCACCAUACACACCUAAUUUGCCUCACCACCAAAACGGCCAUCUUCAGCACCACCCGCCUAUGCCGCCCCAUCCCGGACAUUACUGGCCAGUUCACAAUGAGCUUGCAUUCCAGCCUCCCAUUUCCAAUCAUCCUGCUCCUGAGUAUUGGUGUUCCAUUGCUUACUUUGAAAUGGAUGUUCAGGUAGGAGAGACAUUUAAGGUUCCUUCAAGUUGCCCUAUUGUAACUGUUGAUGGAUAUGUGGAUCCUUCUGGAGGAGAUCGCUUUUGCUUGGGUCAACUCUCCAAUGUCCACAGGACAGAAGCUAUUGAGAGAGCAAGGCUGCAUAUUGGCAAAGGUGUGCAGUUGGAAUGUAAAGGUGAAGGUGAUGUUUGGGUCAGGUGCCUUAGUGACCAUGCAGUCUUUGUACAGAGUUACUACUUAGACAGAGAAGCUGGACGUGCACCUGGAGAUGCUGUUCAUAAGAUCUACCCAAGUGCAUAUAUAAAGGUCUUUGAUUUGCGCCAGUGUCAUCGACAAAUGCAGCAGCAGGCGGCCACUGCACAAGCUGCAGCUGCUGCCCAGGCAGCAGCCGUGGCAGGAAACAUCCCUGGGCCUGGAUCAGUAGGUGGAAUAGCUCCAGCUAUCAGUCUGUCAGCUGCGGCCGGCAUUGGUGUUGAUGACCUUCGUCGCUUGUGCAUACUCAGGAUGAGCUUUGUAAAAGGCUGGGGACCCGAUUACCCAAGACAGAGUAUCAAAGAAACACCGUGCUGGAUUGAGAUUCACUUACACCGGGCCCUCCAGCUCCUAGAUGAAGUGCUUCACACCAUGCCUAUUGCAGACCCGCAACCUUUAGACUGAGGGCUCUUGCCAUGGGGACCCUUAUCACAUUCAGGAUGGUGGACUAUAAAAUACAAUCCUGUUUAUAAUCUGAAGAUUUAUUUCAUUUUUGUUCUGCUUUAUAAAGGGUUGAAAAAAUGUGUUUGCUGCCUUGCUCCUAGCAGACAGAAACUGGAUUAAAACAAUUAUUUUUUUCCUCUUUAGACUUUUCAGGCAUGGCUCAGAGCUUGAAGAUCAGGAAGAACACACUCUUAUUAGUCGUCAUCAGUUAUGUAUGAAGGAGUCAUUCCAAUGCUGGAAAUUUUAGUCCUUUAAAAUGUCUUAAAGCCUUUUAUAUGCAGAACAUCAGUAUGUGUGUUAUUCUACAGAAUAAAUUCAAUAUUGCUGAUUUUAAAGGCAGAGAAGUUCUCAAAGUUAAUUCACCUAUGUUAUUUUGUGUGCAAGUUGUUACUAUUGAACGUACUUUACUCCAAAAUACUGUGCCAUGUGGGUGAGUUAAUUUUACCAAGAGCAACUUUUCUCUGUGUUUAAAAACUAAGAUAGUAAUGUAUUAUAACCUUUUAUCCAAAAUAUUUUUUGCAAGUUAAACUAGAUUUCAAUUCAGAUUGUUGUCUUGCAACUUCAGUUUUCUUUUUGCCAAGACAAAACACUAAUCUAUGUGUAUAUUAAGAAUUCCUUAAUAUUACCAGACAGCUGUCAUUUAAAAUUACAUUUGUUAUCCCCAUUGGAUGACUUUAUCAAGAAGUACACUUUGGCCCUGUUAAACAGUAGAUGUAUUCUUCUAUAUUUUCUAGGCAUAGGGUUGGUUACUUAGAGGCCUAGAAGAGAAAUUCCUUUUCCUUCAUUAAUUCAUAGGGGAAAUUUUUGUAUUUUUAAAAACACUAAAAGCAGUGUCACUAUUAUUUCACUGUUCUGCAAGGUGGCAGUGCUUAAAUAAUGAGUAUUUUGGAAACUGCUAAAUUCUAUGUUAAAUACUGUGCAGAAUAAUGGAAACAUUGCAGUUCCUCAUAGGUAGUUUGGAUAUUUUUGUACUUGAUUUGAUGUGUGACUUUUUUUUUCAUAUACUGUUUAAAUCAUGUAUGUUAUGACAUUGUUUAAAAUUCAGUUUUUGUAUCUUGGGGCAAGACCGUAAACUUUUUAUACCUUUUGGUUAUUCUAAGCCUUUUGCCAUCAAUGAUCAUAUCAAUCGGCAGUGACUUUGUAUAGAGAAUUUAAGUAGAAAAGUUACAGAUGUAUUGACUGUACCACAGACACAAUAUGUAUGCUUUUUACCUAGCUAGUAGAAUAAAUAAAACUGAGUCUCAACAUACAAAGUUGAAUUCUAGGUUUGAUUUUUAAAAUGUUUUUCUUUUGCACUUUUGAGUCCAAUCUCAGUGGCAAGACACCUUCUACUAAAUGACAGCCAACAGCCAGUUGCAUUGGACAGCUCUGGUUUCCCUCACACUCUACCGGGACUUUCCAUGGACAUUAUGCAUCGGGUAGAGUUGGUUGUUUUCUAAACUUUUGUUUUACUAUAGCAAAAAUUGGCCUAGUUGUCUGUAUGACAAAUAGAUUGUCUACAAGGUAGUGUGAAAUAAAAUCAAAAUUAUCAGAUGCUUUUACUUUUUGCUUCGAGGGCUUCUAUGAGCUUUUAUUAAUCUUUAAGGUGUGUUAUCUACAUUUGAGCUCUAGAAAACACUUAUCCAAAAUGGUUCUUAUACCAACUGAAACGAACAAGUCCUGCAGCCUCCCUCAGCAGGUCUUUAGUCAGACUGUCCUAGAGGGCAUUGAGUGCUUUCUGCUGUGACUUAGAUCUAGAUCUCCAUCCAAGUUACAUGUCUUUUUUUUUUUUUUUUGUGCUAGUCCUGGGGUUUGAACUCAGGGCCUGGGCAUUGCCCCUGAGCUUUUUUUGCUCAAGGUUAGUGCUCUACCACUUGAGCCACAGCUCUACUUUUUGCUCUUUG